CAUAACAAAGCCGGCUCUGCGGAAAACUGCAGGAAACGUUGACAGUAACCUGAAUCAAUUCCCAACUUACUAUGUAAACCGUUAAUUUAUUUUUUUCGUGAUUGUGCUGCCUAUUCGUCAAUCUUCUACGUUUCUGUACGGUGUCGCGGGGUAAUCAGCUGCAUGCUGUGGAGUCACGACAAAUGUGCUGGUCAUAAUAAAACCACAAAAUGGACCCCGCGUCGGACUCAAGAUUUUCCACAGAUUGUGACUCAAAUGGUGGGGCAUGUAUCAAAACAGCUGGGAUAUGGUGUCCAUCUGCAGCUGACAGAAUUUCGCACAUCCAUACGGAGGGAAAAACAGCGGUCAAACCGAAAAUGACACUUGCCAGUUCACCGCUUACUUCACUGAUACCGGAAAUCGCACCUCACAAGUAUUACGCCAUGCAACGAGGACCAAUAACGGCACACCAACCCGGCACCAGCAGCCCUUCGUCUCCGAUUGCAGCUGAACGGUCUCCAAAAACGUGGACGAAUGGCUUCGUGCACACCCAAAUGCAUCACUCCAACCAUCAUCUUUCGGGGACGCCACACCAAGUCCCCAAGCAGUCCAGGCACCAACAGCCCCUUCUACUUCAUUAUUCGGAUCACCAGCACACCCGUACGCGAACCCGGUCGAGCUCUAAUCGGCAGAAUUUGGCUACAGAUACACCCGCUUCUGGUCAAAAUGGACAGGAAACACACCGAGAGAGAUACGUUCAUGAUACCGAAGCUAACUGUGGCGUUCCCGUUACGGCUUCUGGAUUUGGCAGUAUCAGUAACUAUUCCGUGAACCCUGUUGCGGCGUUCAACCACGGUUUAGCGUUGUACAGAAGUGACCAUCUGGAUCUCAUACAACCACAAAAUUCUGCGUGCCCAUCGCAACUUGUUAUCCGCCCGCCACCGGCAGUGGUAACGGCCUUUUUUCCGGCGGACGCUACUGCCGGAUCCACCGUCUCCUCUGCCAUGCAAACCGUACCCAGCACGCUAUACGAUUGGUCGCCCUACUAUGGCUACGAUUUCAUCUGCAUCUUCUGCCAGGAAACUGUGUCGAAACUAGGCAGGGUAACGUUUUCCAGUUCCCACCUUAAGCAGCAUCUGAAGAGGAGUCGGUAUUGUUAUGGCAAGAAUCUGCAGUUUUUGUGGGAAAAGUUCAGUCAAGGUGUGGAGGAUGUCGAUGAUCCGCUGGUGAAUGGGCAAGUGAAGCGCCAGUUAGUGUGUCUGAAAUGUAAAACGGCUCGGAAGACCGAUCGCUACAGACUGGCAUCACCGGAUCUUAUCGCGCAACAUAUGCAGCGGUACCACGCCGAAAUUCGACCGCUUCCUCUCAUCGCAACGGAGCCGCAGGUUGGCGAAGAUUAAUUAAGCUGCAUGAGGCCAGGUAAUAAGUGUGUACACACUCGGGGAUCAAGGCGGAAUCAAGGCGGACAGCCACAGGACCGUGCCAUGGCCAUCCUGUGACGUGAUGCUUUCCUGUUUCGACCAUGUUUGGCCACUCGGCAGGUGGAGUUUGUAAAUAGUCGAGAAACAUUGUAAACUGUUGUCUAGCAUCUGUCCUUUGGAAUAAAACCAUUUAAAACAAUCUUUGAUUGUCCAUUGGCCCAAAACAAUAUCCUAUAAAGUUUGCAUUAAUUUCCGGUUGCCCGGCUUAUGCAAAAAAAUUACAAGGAUGCCACUUUAGUUCAUUUUGGAAUUUCAGCCGAUGUUAAUA